UGGAGCAUCAGUUGAGUUUGGCAGACGGCAAACACCAUCAUAGGAACCUGCUUGACCAAAGUCACCUUCGCAGUUCUUGUUUCAACCACGGAAAGUUCAGAUCAACUGGACAAUAGUGCCCUAAUCUAGCCCAGUCACCAAGGAAAGGCUACUACAGGGUGUAUUCGGGACAGUGCUUGCAAGAAGAGCUUAACGGAAACAUCCACAGCAAUACUUAAGGUGUUUUAUCGCACAGCACUGCGAUUUCCAGCUUCUAGCACAACUAUCUUGAUUAAUUAUACCUCGUUAAUCUCCACCAGAUCAUGCUAGCUUUGUGGCCGUUCUUUCUUCUCCAGCUAGUUUUGGCGUUUCCCCAAAAGAGGGGGAACGAUCCUCAAGAGAAGUACCUCGUGUCUUCGCUCCCAGGCUUGUACGACAAUAUUGCUAAAUCAGAUAUCCCCUUGAUGUUUGCGGGUCAACUCGAGCUCUAUCCUGAAAAUGACACCCACUACUUCUUCUGGAAGUACGUGGAUCACAACAAGAUUCCCGAGAACAACAAGAGAACCAUGUUUUGGUUCAAUGGAGGCCCAGGAUGCUCGUCCAUGGACGGAGCAUUGCUCGAGGCUGGCCCAUUCAGAGUCAACAAGGACGAAAAGGUGGUCUACAACAAGGGCUCGUGGCACAAAGCCACUGAUAUCGUGUUUGUGGACCAGCCUAGUGGUACUGGAUUCAGUUAUGGUGAAGAUUACUCCCAUACUCUCGACCAGAUUGGCUGGAAUUUCGUCACUUUCUUGGACAGGUACUAUAAGGUAUUUCCAGAGGACUUGGGCAACGAUAUCUACUUGGCUGGUGAAAGCUAUGCCGGUCAGUAUAUUCCAUACGUGGCAAAACAUAUCUUGGAGAGAAACAAGAGGGUUGGCGACAAGGAGCCCCAAUACAACCUCAAAAGCUUGAUGAUUGGGAAUGGUUAUGUUUCCCCCAACGAGCAAGGAUUAUCCUACGUGCCUUUCUUGUAUCAAGCUGGGGUUCUCAACGAGAAGAACCCUCUGUGGGGUCGGAUUUUGGCCCAGCAAGAGAAGUGCCAAAAGAUCGUCAACCACAUCGACGCCAACUGGGACGAUGCUGCUAUUAACGACUAUGAAGCUGAUAACACAGAGUGCGAGAAGCUCUUAUCGAUGGCUUUGGAUUCGACCUUGGAUUUGGAGGCACCUGAUUCCGAGCGGUGCUACAACAUGUACGACUACAGCAAAAAGGACUCGUAUCCGCAAUGUGGGUCCAACUGGCCAUAUGAGCUCCUGUUUGUGACGCCAUUCUUGAGGCAGAAAGAAGUCAUGGCACAAUUGAACUUGAUUAAACAGAAGCAGUGGCACGAGUGUACCUCUUCAGUUAGCAGUCAUCUCCGGGAAAGAGAGUCGGCACCUUCUGUCCAUCUUCUCCCCAAGCUUUUGGAAGAAGUUCCCAUUAUGUUUUUCAACGGAAACCUUGACAUCAUUUGCAACUACAUCGGCACGGAAAACUUCAUCGGAAAAUUGAAAUGGGGAGGACAGAAGGGGUUCACUGAAAAGCAAGCCGACUGGAUCCACAACGGUGAAACUGCCGGCUAUAUCAAGAUGGAGAGAAACUUGACUUUUGUGAAUGUGUUCAACUCUUCCCAUAUGGUGCCCUACGACUUGCCUGAGAUUUCCAGGGCCUUGAUUGAUUUGGCCACAGGCAACUAUGAUCUCAAGGAACAGGAAGACACCGACCAGAAGCAGAAGAAGGCCUUUGUGACCUAUCCUUUGGGCCAAAGAAAUGGAAAGCAGCCUGAACCUGAAGAUUCCGACAAAACAUCGCCUAUUACCAAACCUGCGCCUGUGGAUGAAGAGCCUGACAAGACGGCACCCAUCACCAAACCUGCACCUGUGGACGAAGCACCUACUGGUGCACCAAAAGCCCCACAGGCCUCUGCUUCAGCAGAGCCACUUCCAGAAUCGCCAGCAGCUACUUCAAGUGCCAUCACAAGACUAAUCCAGUUGUUUGUGAUUUGCAUCUUGAUCUGGGGAAUUUACGUGUUGUAUGCGUCGUACAAAUCGCGGCCUUCUUCCAUCAUCAAAACCGGUCCUUCGGGCAAAAAGAAAAACGUCCAGUGGGCAGACCAGUUGAGAAGGUUCCAGGAGGACGACGAGGAGUUCCAGCAGCAAAAGAGCCAGGGAUUCUUUUCCAAAACCAUCAACAAAUGGAAGGGAACUGACCCACAGGGCUCGUACGCACCACCAGGACAAUACGUGGAAAAUAUAGAGUUGGGUGAGACCAGAGCCACCCAAGACUCCGAGGUGGCGGACUUCGUGAUUGACAGCGACGAAGAAGAGGGCCACUCCCAGCCAUCGCACCAGGUAUAGCUAGGAAAUUACCUGAAAUAAUAAGCAUAGGUGAAUACGACAGGCCACUUGAAAAUCCGACUUAUAUUACAUAAUUAACGGAUAAUCGAGGCAGUUUUCUCUAGUACAAAUCUCAUAAUAAAC